GUCAGCUCUUCGGGCAAUGAUGGAGAAGAAAUGGACACUUUGUGCUGUCUACAUCAUCCAGAUACAGCUUGUCAGGGGAAUACAGGAAGACAUAUCCAGUGGAAGAGAAAACAUGUAUGCCCUGCCUGGCUCUGACAUCAACCUGACAUGCCAGCUACAGAAGAGAAGCUACCUGGUGCAGGCGCAGUGGUCCAAAGUCACUCACAAGCUGGACCCAAUUGCCAUUUAUCACCCCCAGCAUGGCUUUCACUGUACCAAUGCGAGUUCCUGUGAGUCCUUGGUGACUUUCCUACAAACUCCUAGAGGUGUGACAAAGUGGACUCUGCACCUAAGGAAUAUCUCCUCAUCACUCAGUGGAAAGUACAAGUGUAGCUUUACUCUGUACCCAGAUGGCAUUCGUACUAGAACCUAUAACCUUCUCAUCCCGGCACCUGUUACACAGAAUGAAUGGAGAAACAACCAUACAAUAGAAAUACAGAUAAAUCAGACUUUGGAAAUACCAUGCUUUCAAAAUAUCUCCUCAGAAAUUUUGUCUGAGUUCACCUUUGCAUGGUUGGUGGGGGAUAAUGGCACUCAGGAAACUAUUAUCACCCAGGGUCAGCACAUCAGCAAUGCCACAUCCUUCACAGACAGAGUGACACUAGGUGCAGACUAUAGACUGAAGCUCUUUCCAGUCCAAACCCAUGAUGAUGGCCGGAAGUUCUCCUGCCACGUUGGAGUCAAGCCUGGAAAAAUCCUGAAGAGCUCCACUGUCGUGAAGGUCUUUGCUAAGCCAGAAACCCCCAUGAUUACAGAAAACAAAACCACGGAUGUCUUGGGAAAGAGUAUAUUUACCUGCUCACUAAAGAAGGUAUUUCCCAAAGCAAAUAUUUCAUGGUUUAUUGAUGGCCAGUUUCUUCAGGGUGACAAAGAAGAGCUACAAAUCACUAAUGAAGAGAAGAAAAACAAAAGUGGAUUUCUGGAACUGAAAUCCAUUUUAACAAAAAUGCAUAGUAAUAAACCAGCCCAGUCAAACAACCUCACAGUUUGGUGUAUGGCCUCAUUCCCAGUCCCUGGAAAUAAAGCAUGGAAUACCUCAUCAGAAAAGAUCACUGUUUCCUUGGGCUCUGUGAAUCUCCCAACAGGGUCUCCUCUCAGUGUUACAGAAUCUACCUUGGGCACCCAACCUUCUCCAGCCAACAGCGCAUCUCCUACAAAAGAUCCAGCUACGUCUUCAUUGGUCCUCAUAGAUGUGACUACAUCAAAGCCACACAUCGUGCCUCAGACCAGCAAUUCCAGUAUGACCAACCAAGUCUUCAGUGACUCCUGGACCUCCAGUGCAACAGAAGACAAAAAAUUGGUUUCAUGGAUACCCAGUGAAUCAUACAGCUCAUCUACCUUGGGUACAGGCUCAUCUCUUCAUGGUGACAUCAUCACCAGCACAUUGGGAGGCUUUUCAGAAAUCCUCACAACUGCUAUGAGACUGAAUAAAAAUAAUACAGUGUAUAUCACUGAUAUUGCAGUCCAAAAGACCAAAGAUGGAAUGUCGUGGCCGGUAAUGGUAGCAGCUCUGCUCGCCUUCUGUGUGGUACUAUUUGGUCUUGGACUGAGAAAAUGGUGUCAGUAUCUAAGAGAAAUCAUGGAAAGACCCCCACCUUUCAAGCCACCGCCACCUCCCAUCGAGUAUACAUGCAUUCACGAGCCCAUGGGAAGUGACCUGCCUUGCCAUGAGAUGGAGACCCUACAGUCCUUGGAGAUCUUAGCAUGCAGCGGAGCUCUGCUGGAAUCCUAAUGAAAAGGUAGACACUGCACCUGGUAAUGUCAUCACCCUCCAGCCAAACCUGUGCUUCAGCUGACGUUCAGACCAGAAUUGAAUGACUAGUUUUCCAAGCAACUCCAUUUUUCAUCCACAUUUGCCUGAAAUUUAAAUCAGAGUGAAAGGACAUAGCAGUGCUCUCAUUCUGCAUGUAGGAAUUAUCUUGAGUAUGUAAAAGGUGAACUU